GAAUCUUCUGGACAUUGACAUGGGUUCCCAAGGCGAAAAUAGGACAGGUGCAGUAGUCGUGUCCUCCUGUGUGUGAGAAGUUAAGUUUCUGUUUCUGGGAGGGUGGCAGUGCUAGGAGCAGGCCUGGCGGUGAAACGGUUAAAGAGGAUGUUUGCAGCAAGCCCUCUGGUAACCUAGGAGCGCCAGCCGAGCAGCACUGCGAAACAAACACGGAGAGCCAGCGGAGGGGCGUCCUGGGGUCCCGUCCGAGGGAGACGCGCUUUCACGGAACACACGCGGUGCGAUACAAACACCCGGCCACCGUGCUUGGCGUCCUUAAAGCCCGACGACUUUCGACGAAGGAAAGGGAAACGGUUUGGCUAAAUGCCCCAACGCGUUGCAAGUCAUCCCGCCGGACAGUGGUUUGGCUGCGAGCUGUAGCUCGGCGUUGAUCUUUUGAAGGGCUGUGUCACCCAACCCUACCACCAGGACGGGGCGCAAUGUGACUCCGCGACGCGGACACUUUCUCCCGUGGGUGCGCGCAGAGAAGUGCAAGUUUGCGUUUUUGUUUGUUUGUUUGUUUGUUUGUUUGUUUGUUUGUUUGUUUGUUCUGUCUUGUCGCGUUGUUCGCGUUGCCCCCUGAAAAAAAAAAAUCACAUCACUGGCCCACAGCAACAGGUGCCUCUGUUUUUUUUUUCUUUCUUUUCCGACGAAAUGCAAACGGAGUACGUGAGCGCACUGCUCCCAUCCCUCAGUCUGAGCUGGCGUCCGAGUAAAUAACCGCGCUGCUUGAAACGCCAGAGGAUGUCGGGGAUCCACACCGCCACCAACCGCAGCAUCAAGCCGUUCAAGUCCAGCGAGGAGUACCUGUACGCCAUGAAGGAGGACCUGGCGGAGUGGCUGACGGACUUGUACGGCAUCAGCAUCGCCGUGGACGGCUUCCUGGAGGUGCUGGAGACGGGCUCGCUGCUGUGCCAGCACGCCAACCAGGUGACCCGGGUGGCCGGGGAGUUUCUCCGCCAGUACGGCGCUGGGGCGCUGAAGAUGCGGCUGCCCACGUCCGGGGUGACUUUCGUCAGCUCCGCGCAGGCGGCGACCUUCCUGGCGAGGGAUAACGUGUCCAACUUUAUCAGCUGGUGUCGGAAGGAGAUGGACAUCAAAGGUAGGGAGGGCUUUGUGGGUCAGGGUGGAGCUGGAGUCUGUCCCGGCAAGCGUCAGGCACAAGGCAGGGUGCAGUACCUGGUGAGCCGCUGCACCUGUCCCUCACAGUUCUCCAUGCUGAAGGUCUCGGAGGGCAAGUACAAAGUGGGAGACUCAGGCACGCUCAUCUUUGUGCGGAUCCUGAGGAAUCAUGUGAUGGUGCGAGUGGGAGGGGGCUGGGACACUCUGGAGCACUACCUGGACAAACACGACCCCUGUCGCUGCACCUCUCUGACUCACAAGCAGGCAAGGUUGGUCAGUCCCCACAAGCCGGUCGCCCCCACCCACGAGAUCAGGGCACGCCCCAGCCCCCAGCAGGACGCCCAGGGCCAGCCUCAGGCCGCGCUGGUGGUGAGCCGGGCGCAGGCCCCGCUGGCCCCUGUGGAGUGGACCCCCUCUGCCCCAGCCAGAGGCCUGAGGCCAGGCCGCCCCCACAGCCCGUGGGCCCGCGCCGCUUCCUCUCCAGAACCCAGCGCCAGGACCGCGAGAGAGCUGCGGCCUCCCACCCCCAGCAGACUCAGGGGGAGAUCUGCUACCCCUACCCACAGACAGGCCUCUGGAGAAGAAAGGGAGAGCUCACCUCAGACAGCGUCCUCCAGGACAGGAAGAGAAGAGACACGGACAGUCCCCUCCCCUCGCCUCGCCAGCAGCCUCCCUCGUCCUGCCCAGCCGACGCCAGUCUUGACCCCAGACCUCCAGCGCCCAAAAACGCCACUGGUCUUCCAGAGGGCCCAGAGCCAGCUCACCUUGCAGCCACAGCAAACUGCAGACAUCAGACUGGCUCAGACCUGGUCCAGAUCAAGGCUGGUGUCUGCGCUGAAGACAAACGCUGCGUCUCCCUCCAGCAGCACAGAGACAGCAGCUGAACUCCAGAGCAGAGCCCCAGCCAUGGCUUGCUCCCAGAGGCAGGCUGGGAUGGUAACCGGCAGGCCAGCAACUUCAGUGAGAAGCACCCACCCUGGCCCUAAACCAGAACUUAAAACCACCCAGCAGCCUGAAGCUGAGGUCAGACCAUUCCAGAAGACUCCGACUGUUAGCAGAUCUAUCAGUCCCACCAAGCAGCUGAGCAGUAGAGCCUCAGCUUUGGCUGCCCAGGUCCACACCAGACCCAUGACUCCCAUUGGCAGCUUCCAGAGAGGAAGUCAAGUAGAUAGGACAGGCAGGAAAACCCCUAACCCGGACGCCAGCCUGAAUGGAGAGAGCAGGCGGGCCAGCAAGCUAGGCGUGAGUGUUCCCAGACAGAACGCAUUAAGGACAUCGCCAGUCCCUAGCAGCUCUCUCGACAGCAGCACGAUGCGCGUCAGGGUGACAGACGCUAGUGAUCUGGAAGAGGCUUUCCUGAACAACAAAAACAGAGAAAGGGAAUGCCUCUUCACCCCCCCACCGAUCAGCCCUGAGCAAGAGUCCAGACUGUACAAAAGCCUGGAGUAUGAGAUCUUGUCCAACCUGCGGCUCCUGGGGGUCGAGUCCGAUAACAACAGCGACGAGAAUGUGGAAAUGUCAUGUGGUCCGCAGAGCAAGCAGGACCUGCAGGAGACCUCUUCAAGACACUCCACUCCUUCCUUGGCCCGAAAGCCCCCUGCAGACGGAACAUCUCACCAAAAUGAGGUCAGCUUUGAUGUGGUCAUAGCGGAGCUUUCCAAGGGCCAAAGGACACUCAAUAAGUUGGACGUGGAGAACUGGGUGGCCAAAAUCCCCAACAAUACCCUAAGCAACACCGCCAGAGACCCACGCACCACGUUCAUAGAGAGGGCCAUGGAGAUGCAUGCAGGCCAUCUGAACAUGUCAAAAGCCAACAGGGCAAGCUCCUGGUCCUCUCUGGGGUCCAGCUUGGAGUGUAAAGAGCAGACAGAGGCUGAGAAGCAGCAGCUACAGGAUCCAGAACUGUUUUUGAAGGCCAGCCCUGCGUACUCCUUGGGUUCUGCAGAGAUCCCUGCAAAAUCCAGAACCCCGUCCUUCAAGCAGAAAAGGUCUCUCAAAAAGCCGGAGAGGGUGCCGUCAAUCUUCAAGCUGAAGCUGCGUCCUAAGGUACGCCCUCGAAGAGACAACAGACCAGAGAAGAGGCCCUCGAAGAUCCCGACCCCUGUCUCCCACAGACAGGGUCAGACCAGGCAGGUAAACCAGAAGCCCCACAAGUCUUCAGACAAAGUGCCAAGCAGGAACCAGCACAGCUCCCACUGCUCCAUGCCCAUGCUGUAUUCCACUGAAGAUAACCUGGGCUAUGAGGAGGACACCUGGCCUGCUCCUCCCAGCACCUUGCUUCCAGAGAGCAGCGAGCCUACUGCCGAGACGGCAAGGAACGGAGAAGAGGAGUCCUGGGUGUAACUGCAGCCGCAGGUCCCUCUCACUGCUGUUUGAAACAAUCGGCACAUUCUGUCCCCUUUCCUUCUGUCUGGGAAAGUUUAAAUCAAACCCGAGCUAGAAGAGGUUUAGUUCGCCAUUUGGUGCAGCUACAGGCAUGUGAAUCAUCGUAUGUUUUUGACAAUUUAGGCCAACCUGUUUGAAAAAUAUGGGCAUGGGGGGGGGGCAUGUCAAUCAUCUCUGUAUUGUUGACACAUUUAGAUGUGAGCACAUCUAUAAUAUAGUUAACUGGCUUCUAGAUUAAUCUAUUGGCCCAAGGGUGAGUGAGUACGUUUGUGUCUGUUUCUGCUCUGCGAAGGACUGGUAUCCCCACCCAUGGCUUGCUGGGAUAGGCUUUUCGCCCCCACAACCCUGAACUGGGAAAAGCAGUUAGAAAAUGGAUGGAUGUUUAAAAAGGGCCGAGAGCAAAGGCAGAAGCUAAUCCCAUCACAACCCGAUCACCUUCUUCUGAAUAGUGGGCUCUUAUUGCCUUCUCCGGAUGCAGGAUGCAGAUGCAGGCUGGAUGCAGAGGAGGGUCUCAUGUUUAUUUUAACCAAUUACUACAAGAUUGUGAUUACUGUAGUUUCUUUUAAUUGAUCGAUGCUAUUUAAAUUAACUUAAAGAGUGCAUUUGUACUUUUUCUGUUUUCAUAUAAGGAAGGCUUACUUCUUUUAACCAUUACAUAUACUAUAUACUGUUGUACAUUAUGCGAUGGUGUAGGGGAAGACGUGGUUAUAUGUGAAUGUGGCUAUUUGUGACAGCCCUCUGCACCAAACCUUCACAAAGAUCGAGAGACAACUGUAUUUAAAAAAAAACAUCUGGCAGCUUCUCUGUUUGUUUCUGGUCUGAUAAAAUUAACAAAAGUUCCCAUUCUGUCUUGUAACAGUGACACAGGAAAAGCAAUACUGAGGCCAUUAAAUGCUUGUCUGUAACUCAGUUAAACAUUGAUUCCGACAGCUCUCAGGCAGUGAUUGUCCAGUUUUUAAUGGGCAGAAGAUUAUUCUUCUGAUGAGAACAGAUUAGGACACUUGCUCUAGACAUCCUUAAAUUCAGUCCCAGCAGAAAAAAAACAGCCUGCAGUGUCUGAAAACAGUCCACACAGUCCUUCUUUUGAGGAAGUGAAGAUGACAGUGUGGCGAUACGCAUGCAUUAUGUGCCUAACGCACCAUGCUGUCCGUAGAAGGGGCUGUGACAUGUCUGGUUGUGUUUUGAGAUAUGCACAAUCCUUUAUUAUGUAGUUUCAAACAGAAGUCCUGGAGGAGGUAUGCCCUGACCUCGCCCACACGUAUCAUGCCCCUUCUCGACUCUUUUGCGUCCUUCAGUUUCUCCUCCUUUCCUCCACCCCUGAAAACCGAGAUAGCUGUGAAACAUUCAAACGAAUCCUUCCCAACACAAUUAAUUUAAAAAUAAACCAGCACAUGCGCAAGUAAAUUCAGGGCUGACUGCCUGAACAGGCUAAUCACUUAACCUUUGCUUACAAAUGAGCUGAUACUAGACCUUCAUUCACAGUGUGCAUUGUAACACCAGAUGCAGUCUGCCUGCUUAGAAACAUCUUGUGACAAAGGGCCAAGGCUCAUUCCUUUGGUCUAUUUAUAGCCCUAGUGAAGCUGCUGUCUAUUAAUACAUUAUGAGCGAAGUGUUUGUUCUGAUCCUGAUCGUGUCACGUUCUGUGCGCUUUGGUGAAAUUGCAAUAAGGAAGAAGUGUUUGAUGAUCUCUUUACAUUAAGCAUGCCAUAUGUCAGCAAUGAAGCAGCAGAAGAGCUUUGGUUUUAUGUCAUAUUAUUGAUUUUGAAAUAUUAUUUUAAAAUGUGAUCAUAUAUAUUUUUGUAAGCAAAUACCCUGUGAUUUUUUUUGAUACUAUAAAUUGACUUUUGUAUAUUUAGAUGAAAUGAAGAAAAACAUACUUUAUCCUAUUAUAUUCUUUAACUUUGUAUGAUACCUUGUGAUUUUUUUUCUAUUUGACGUUAUUGUUUUGUAUGAUAUUUAAAUAAAAUGAAUAUUAAUGAUACAAUUGCUCUUAGACUCUUUAAUCCUGUACAGAGUGUGACGCAGAUGACCGAUAGACAAACUGAGCGAUAUCUGUUGUUUUGGGGUGGGGGGGGAACAUGAUUAUUUUUUAAUACUGCACAGCUUUGCAGCUCAGCCAGGGAUCUAGAAAAUCCAGGGAUCCUGGCAAGGACAAAAAAGAUUCCAGGAACAGUUUUAGCUCAAUGGCAACAAAACAAAAUUGUAGCACAUUCUGACCGAGUGUCACAGGAGUAACAGCACGUCCAGGUUAAAUCGGCAGCGUAC